AUGAGAUAUAUUCAUGAUUUCGAAGGAUCUGGCGUAACUGCGUCCAACUGUGACAUUGCAUGCGAUGAACCAAAUUUUGUCGGACAAUUGAAGUCUGAAGAAAUUAAUGGUCGCUUAUACCUAACAUGUGCAGUAUCUGGUUAUCCUAUGCCAUAUGUAAUAUUUCGUUUGCGAGACCGUCGCCUCAAGGCUGACCGACGAAUAGGUAUGUUUUGUGGGUUAUUAAGGGUAAAAUCACAAGAAAUUAAAAAGGGAUACUCUGAAUCAGAUGGUACUCAGACUGGUGGAAUUAGAAAAACGAGCGUUAAGAGGAAUUUGUGUUGUUAUCGUGCAAUAGCUUAAAG